CUGAGCUGAGCCCAGUCCAGCUGAGCCGAGUCAGGUUGAGCCUAGUCCAGCAGAGCUGAGAGAAGCCCAGACAUCAGGGAGUGAGAUGAGGGGAUAUCCAUGGCUCCAGGGACAGAGGUGCUGCCUCUCACCUGCCUGAUGCUGCUCCUGCUCUGCAGAGCCCCGGGUACAGGUGCCCAGGGGGGUCAGGACUUCAAGGUCCACCAGCCCCAGGACAAAGUGUCGGUGAAAGCGGGGCAGACGCUCACCCUGAACUGCACCCUGUCUGGAUUCAGUGAACUUGGUCCUGUGAAGUGGCUGAAGGGCUGGGGCAGUGGGAACAAGACCAUCUAUGCAGACACGGUCUUUGCUCCCCGUGUGACGAGAGCCGUGAACGGGUCAGACACAGACUUCACCAUCCACAUCAGGGAUGUUCAGCCCGAGGAUGUCGGCACCUAUUACUGCGUGAAGUUCACCAAGUCCCUGAGCGGUGGGGAUGUGGUGUUUCAGCGUGGACCUGGCACAGAGGUGUCUGUGCUUGCCCAACCCUCCCCCCCGAUCGUGUCCGGGCCCAACCAGAGAGCAGGGCCGGGGCAAUCGGUGGCUUUCAACUGCACGGCUGGAGGGUUCUUUCCCAAAGACAUCAGCGUGAAAUGGUUCAAGGACAGGGCCCCCAUCUCAUCUCAGCUGCCCCAGGUCACUGAAUGGCGGGAGAAAUCCUACAACAUGUCCAGCAGUGUGACAGUGGUCCUAGCGGAGGGUGAUGUCCCCUCACGGCUCAUCUGUGAGGUGCAGCACUCUGCGUCACAGACCCUGCUGCGGGGGAUGUACCAGCUCAACAGAGUCCUGAGAGUUUCCCCCAGUGUGGAUGUGAGCCCUGACCAGACGAGCCCCAUUGAGCUGAACAAGACCGUGACAUUCACCUGCCACGUGAAGGGCUUUUACCCAGCAAACGUGGCUGUUUCCUGGCUGGAGAACGGGAUGAAGAUGAAGGUGCAGAACGACUCCCGGCCAUCGCUGUUGCGCCAGGGCUUGUUGGAGCUGAGGAGCCAGGUGGAGGUGCAAGCGACAGAGGAGAGGAAUGGGUCCGUGUUCACCUGCCUGGUGGUACAUGACGGUCAGGCCCCUGUCAACCAGUCAGCCAUCCUGUGGAUUGCCAGCCCGGAUGAGAAGGGACCAGGCAAGUGGUCCCAGAUAAACAGUGGUGUGAACCUUUCAUCCAGCCUCCUCCUCCUGUGGCUUGGCAUGCUGCUGGAGAAGGGAAUCCUCGGUGGGCUCCUCUUCUUCCUCUUCAAGCGCACAAAGAAGGAAGCGCUAGGGUUGCUGACCUGUCCCACUGUUCCUCAAGGAGGGUCCCAGGGCUUGGCCAUCACAAGCCAUGUCGUGUGA